CCAAAAUGGAAGAAUUCCGAAUCCACACAUGAUUGAGAUUUUCGUUUGAUGCCGUAAAUAGAUUAUAGUUCUUCUUUAGCACAGUUCACAUCAACAACAGUAAGAAUGGAAAAUGAUCUGCAUCAACGAAUUCUCACGACCCAGAGUUCCACAGAAAGUGAAUAUGAUUCUGAUAUGGAAUUGGAUUUUCACCGUCAUGAACGAGAAGAGCAUGCUGCCUCGGAGGAAGAGGAAGAACACAUUCUCGUUGAUCCCGGGCCAUUCCGCUAUAACAAACGUCUCUGUGCUGUGUCUCUGCCAUGCUUUUUAAUGAUUGUUACCAUGACAGGAGAGGUGUUGUUGUCUAUAAUUACAGUGGGAACCGCCCUUCUCCUCCUCCUUUCACAAAUUGGAGAAACCCGGAGGUCUGUGAUAGUUUUUAUCAUUCUGUUUGUGCCCUGCCACAUUUUGGUGUUCUUUUCUGUGGUGCCAUUAAUAUGGCUGUCAUUGUGGAAUUUGUUCUUGAUUGCUGCUAUAAACAUGUAUGUUAUUUUAACUGCUUCAUGGGCACUCUUGCAGUUUACAUCAUUCCGGAUGGAGGAACAUUAUCUCUGUGAGGUGAUGGAACUGUUGCUGUUCAGUGUGUAUCCUGGAGUGUGUAUCUUAAUGAUGACCUGGGCCGUCGCAAUCGUCACACAGCUUCAGAUGACACCGUUCAUCCUUCUAGGAAUCGGAUUUGUGGUGCUACAGCUGUUCCUUGUCCCAUCUCUUUCAUCAUUUCGAAGUACAACGACAGCCGAGGAAGACCUUAAUGUUCUCCAGCAGCCAUUUGUAGCCAUGAUUGUUUGUGUCUUUUGUUUGUUUCCCUCCAUUCUUCACUGUCUCCUGGCAUUGUUCGCUCCAGUUGAUCACAUUUUCAGUAAAACCUCAAUGAUUCAGCUUUUGUUUACAGCAUCUUUUAGUUUAUUUCUUACAACACUCAUUAACAUCAGGCAGUUCUUUGAAUAUGCAGGCUGGCAGUACACGAUUGUGAUCCGCGUACGCUGGACCAGUGGGAUGAUUGCAACCCUGCUGCUGUUUCCCGUUCUUCAGAAGUUCAACCUCUCAUCACACUUUGUCCCCUGGCUGCCAGGCUGCAUCGUGGCUUUUGCCAUCCUCGGAUUGUUUCUCAGUCACAGAAACUACUGGUUGGCAUCUCUUCUGUUGAUGAUGGGUCUUACAUCAUUUCACUCAUACUGGAUUUUUGUUUUGCCAUGGCAAAUAAAAUACUAUCUUUUGGACAACAUCCAUAUUGACAAUUUCUUUGUUCUUCUGACGAUCAACUUUCUGUUGUGUUUGGCUUGUCUCUAUGUUGCCACUCACAGCAGCAGCGAGUUGAUGGGAUUUCUUAUUUGUGUUCAGUCGUUUGUGCUGGUUUUGUGUGAGAUUGUCUUGCUCCGGUCUGACCUGUGCAGUAUUUCUGUUUCUGUGACUAUUGGUGUGCUGGCAACAUACAUGUUAUACAGAUUACAUAUAUCUGGGAAGAUAUCAGAAAGAGCCGUUCUGUUCAGUUCUUCGAUCCAUCUGGUGAAAAUUAUCUCGGUGCUGCUGCCAGAGAUUUCCCAUACACAAGAGAAGAUAACUCUAAUGAAUUACAUUUGCCUGUUUUACUUGGUUUUUGUUGUACUUAAGACUUUUGUGUAUGAAACAAAGGAGGAAAUGUCCACUAGAAAGGUAUUUACAAGUCUAGCUUUGCUGCUGUUUUCACUGGCACUGAACACCUAUCCAAUCCUGUUGCUUCUCUGUCAGAAUCUACUGAAUCCAAAACCUGCAGUUAUCGAAUUGAUCGGUAUGUGGUUUGUGACUGGAGGGUUGGUAACGAUACCGUUUUCUCAAGUGCACGUACAAGCUGCUUCCAAUUUGAAUAGAAUUACACUUCUGAUGCUGCUAGCCGGGGCUUGUGUUCUUGGUAUUCAUCCAGAUAUAGCAUUCUCAUUGUCAUCAUUAUUCCAGUGGGGAGAAAUAACCAGUUUUCUCCUUUUGUCAGCCGUUUUAUCCAGUAAUGUUAGCAUGACACCAACCUCUGUUUUCAUAGCCGCCUUCACCGCUGGAUUCUGUUCUGCUUACACAAUUGUUAUGCAGCUGUAUGGUGAUAUUCCCUCUGUGUUUCACGUUGUGUUCUACAUCGGCGCCAUCAGCGCCACGUUAUUGCUGUGCAUCAUCUACUUCAAGGCUGAAUCACUUUCUCAUAUUAUCGAACGAACCAUCAAACAAGCAUAUCUUUUACUCGGAAUAUCAUUUUUUGUUUUGUUAAUUCUUGACAUUGUCUUCAUGGAUUCGUCUCAGUCUGUGACUUCACUUCCUGUUCUCAAAGUUAUGUUGGUGACGACAGCUUGUGCAAGCAUCAUCCUCAAAAUGUUAUCAUUUAAAAAGGAUUCAAACAACUUGCCAAUAACGAAACCAAAGGAGGAAAAGUCGGUGUCUGUGAUUCCAUUGAUAGGAAAUGUAUCCACCAUUGUUGCAUUUCUUCUGGCUUGUACUCAGGGACCAGAAGGUUUCCUUCACGACAUGUGGUGCUGUGCUUCAAGUCUGAUACUGUUCUGUCUUCAGAAAGACAUGCGACUAUUCCACAACCUUACUGAAGACAAUCACAUGACUCCCACCCUCAUGUGCUGUGUGUGUAUGCUCACCAUUGCCUCGCUGUGCAGAAACAAUAUGUUCAUUGCCACCGGACUACUAACAGUAUUUUGUGGUGUUAUGGAAAUAUUGAUGACAGCAGCAACAGUUCCCGUGUACAUUGUGCUGUGGGGCAUCUUGUGGAAGGAUGAAAUACUAUCGGAAAAGGCCGUUGUUUUCACUGUUCCGCUGAACAUGGUGUUGUUUUUCGUUGGCAGCUCGUACACAACGUGGGCUUUGGCGACAAGUGGACUAAUUGCAGGUGUUUGGUUAAUGAUAGCUAAACUUCCAAUGUUGCCAAGCGGUGUGGACUACAUGGACAGCUGACAAAGCAACAGCAGUUGUAGUUGACAGAAAGAUAACGUCAGUCUCCAAACAAGACUUGAUAAUAGUCUGUUGACCAGGAUCUAGCUCAGUCAGCAAAACGCUUGCCUGAGGUGUAUGGCGUUACGGUUUGAAUUCCCUUGGUGAACCCAUUCUCCAAUUAAUAUUUUUUCCCCAUUUCAACCAAUACCCAUGACUAGUAAUGUCAAAGGCCAUAGAAUGUGCGGUCCUCUCUGCGGGAAAGUGCAUAUAAAAGAUACCUUGCUGCCAGUGUUUCUGCCAGAAAGAAAUUUUUGGCUAUGGCACAAUGGAAUUGAAUGCAACCACAGAUAACAGGGGGUAUGGGGGACCUCCCCCAGA